AUGGCCUUACCGGAACCAACUGCGAGACUCCUCACAGAGGCCGAGGACAAAGAGGCGCCAUCACGGCCGCCGUUUACUUGGGCAGAGACACUUCUCUUCGGCUUCGGUGGCUACAGCCUCUACGUGGGCAACAUCUUGGUGAACUACGGCCAAAAGGUCAAGGACCGGGUUUUUCUGCCAGAGAAGCGCCCCGACAUCAUCAAGACAUACGAGUGCCGGCCGUCGCUUAAUGUCCACAUCUUCUACUCCCCGCACCAUGACCGGACGGCCACCCACCCGCAGCCAAAGAUUCCUCUCCUGUUCACCAUCCAUGGUGGCGGUUUCGUCAUUGGCAACCCGCAGGACUCGGAUGCCUGGGACUAUGACUUUGUGCGGUCCGACCCCAAAGUACCCACGAUGGCAGUUGAGCUCAAUUAUCGUAAAGGUCCCGUCUCACCCUUCCCCACCGCCGUCUACGAUCUCGAAGCCCUGGCUCUGGCCGUGCUGGCGGAUACGUCGCUGCCCAUUGACACCGAGAAAGUUGCUGUGGCCGGAUGGUCCGCCGGCGGCAACUUGGCUCUUACGCUCGCAUCGCUGCCCAGCAUGCAGGGCCGGCUGCGGGCCGCCGUGCCCUUCUACCCGACCGUCGACUUUUCCAUCCCCAGCUCCCAAAAGGCACUCCACCGCCACUACAAGCCGUCUCUCAAGGGCUUCCGCGGCCGCAAGAUAGACUUGCUGAGCUACGCCGCCCCCGUCUUCAACUGGUCCUAUCUGCCAAAGGGCGCGCAAGCAAAGGACCUGGUGAACUCCCUGUUGAGCCCCACGUAUGUGCCCAAGUCCAGCCUGCCCUCUUACAUCUUCAUCGUGGCCGCCGAGCUAGAUAUGCUGUCGCAUGAGGCCUGGCAGAUGGCUUGCAAGUUGGCCAACCGCCCGCCUCCUUCUGACCCCAAGACCGGCUCGAGCGAGGUGCACCCUCCCAAUGAGCUGAUCCUGGACGACGAACGAUUUGCCUUUGAGGAGCGCACAGCCACAAGCAGCUACAAAUGGCUGCUGGUGCCGGACUCUAUCCACGGCUUCGACAUGACCGUCGCCGAAAUGUACAAAAGCGACGACAUGUACCCGGACACGCAGGCCAAGCGCAAACUGUGCAUGGACAUGAUACAUGAAUGGCUGUUUUCUGUGGCAUUCAAGGCAAACCAGUGA